CAUAUAUAAGGUGUAGACAAGAAUCUGUAUUGAGCUAUAUAUGUUGUUUCUCUUAUCUCCAUUAAACAACAUACAAACUAAACACUCCUCACUAUAGAUCUAAACCUAUCCGUAUAUCGAUCGAUCGAAAACAUACGAAGAAAUGAGAAAACCCGACGUAAUGGGGAGCGACAGAUCGAACAUCAACAAAUUAUGUAAGGUUAGAAAAGGGUUAUGGUCACCAGAAGAAGAUGAUAAGCUGAUGAAGUAUAUGUUAACAAAUGGUCAAGGCUGCUGGAGUGACAUUGCGAAAAAUGCGGGUUUGCUUCGAUGUGGGAAAAGCUGUCGUCUUCGUUGGAUUAAUUAUUUGAGACCUGAUCUUAAGAGAGGUGCUUUUUCAUCUCAAGAAGAACACCUCAUUAUACAUUUGCAUUCUAUUCUUGGCAACAGGUGGUCUCAAAUUGCGGCUCGUCUUCCUGGAAGAACAGACAAUGAAAUUAAGAAUUUUUGGAAUUCCACAUUAAAGAAAAGAUUAAAAAUGAACAAUAAUCCUUCCACAACUUCACCAAACGACAGCGAUUCUUCAGAGCCAAGAAAUGUCAUUGCAAAUAUCAUGCCCAUGCAUGAACAUGACCUAAUCACUAUGUGCAUGGACUCAUCUUCUACAUCAAAUCACCAAUUCGAAAACAGCCGCUUCGACGUCACCGGAGCAGCCGGUUUAUUCGACAUGCCUCCAUGCUUAUCACAGGUUGGUAUAUUUGGAGAUGGAAUUUUUGGUGAUUAUGGGAUUUUGGAGAAUGAUAAUAAAUUAGGGUUUGAAAGGGACAUUUGUCUUCCACCACUAGAGAGUAGUACUAUUGAAGAGAAGAAGAAUAUAAGUAAUAAUAAUAAUGCUGUAACUAAUAACAGCAUUAUUAGCAUGAAAAGCAAUAUCAACCACUUAAGUAAUAAUAGUUGCUUCAAUAACAAUGAUCUUCAUCAUGGUUUAAAAGUUGAGGACAUGUUUGGAUAUGAAAAUCAAUGGUAUGGAGAAAACUUAAGAUGGGGAGAAUGGGAUUUAGAAAAUUUGAUGCAAAAUAUUUCUUCCUUUCCUUUUCUUGAUUUUCAAAUUGAAUAAUCCACUACCUUUUUCCUCUCUAUCUCUCUCAAUAGGAUUAAAUGUUUUUGCGGUUAUUGAACUAUAUACUUGUAACAAAACGGUUACCGAUGUUUCAUUUAUACUAUUUUGAUAACCUAGCUAAUAUAUUUUUAGAAACGGCAGGUUAUCCGCUCAUUUCAGAUAAGUUUUUAAUUACAUGGGGAUUUUACCCGUUCAUUUCAUAUCGGUUGUUGCAUACAUGGAAGGUUAUCAUAUGUCAUAGCCGGUAACAAGCUGACAGCCACGUAAGCGAAAACCGAUAGAAAAUAAGCGGAUAACCUUUCGUUUAUAAAAAAUCUUAGCUGGAUCACUAAAAUAUUAUAAAUAAAACGUUGGUAACUCUUUUGUUAAAAGUGCAUACUUCGUAUUCUCAAAACCUUUUAAUCCCUCUAAAUCUCUCUUACAAAGCUAUACAAAUAUGUCCUAGAAUUUUUUUGGCACACAUUCUUUUUAAUUACUUUCUUCUUGCUUGUAAUUUCAAUAUUUGCAUCAAAUUUUCUUUUUGUUAUAAUACACGAACAUCAAUAUCUUCUAUACCAAAAGUGUUGUUCAAUUUGUUUGAGAAGUCUGCAAAUACAAAUGGAUUGAGUGAACAGAGAUCUUGUAUACGUAUUUUCUUGUUUGUUGAGUUUCUUUAAUGGAGAGGAAGCGGAUUUGGAACGAAUUGGUGCAAUAAUCAUCGUUCCUGUGAAGAGAAAUGUGAAUAAAAUUCAGAGUAGAAAAAGUAGAAAAGGGCAAUACAUAAGAUUUAGUUGGUGAAUUGUACGUAUAAUUCAUUUCUUGUACAAAGAAAGAAUAAAGCGGAGUUUUUCAUUGUAGCAAAUAAUUUGUAAACAUCUU